AUGAGAAAACAUUUCGAAUCAUGUGGAAAGCUGUUGCAUGUUUAUAUUCCCGGAUACUUGAAACUCAGAAUUCUCAACAGUUUUGCCUUGAUUUAUAUUCGGGGAGAAUGUGCAGAGGAGAAGGCGUUGACACUUAGCGGAAGUUGCAUGGGAGGACACAAGUUGGUGGUGGAGCCUUACCCGUUUCAUGCCACACACCUUGACCAUAAGUUUGCUCCUACGAGAGACGCAGACAAUAUCAAAGACAUCAGGAUGUUUUUUGAAGGAUAUGACACUUCGCUUCCCUUGGAUCGUGUCGAGAGCAUGCUGUAUCGAGAACUCGGUAAAUGUGGACGUGUCUGUGAUAUAGAUGUUGACCAAGACAUAGAAAACGAAGCUCUUCUCGAGAGAGUCGCCCUCGUUGCUGCCGAGGGAAUAGACAUGGUAGAGAGGUUGCUGCAAAUAUGUGGUAGUGAUGUGAAAGGAUUGGAGAAUAUUAAAAGUAUUGGUGUUGUAACUCCAGAAGCAGACGAAGCUAGCUCCGCCAAUUUCUCACCGUGGCAAUUUGCAUCUACUCCUUCCAAAGCUCCUGAGUAUCCAAAUAUCCCCAACCCGCCACAUUUUGGUAGCAAACUCCCUUAUCCAUGGAAUGUUUAUGUGGAUAGUGGGACUGCUGCGUUAAUGUGCAUGAGGAAUACAGAGACUGGUUUUGUCCAGUACGCGGAAGAGACACCAGCUCCUGCUUCGAGAGCCCGCUACGCACCUGAGGAUCCAAAUCUCCCCUGGCCGUGGAUAGGUCUUGUGGAUACGAUCAGUGGGGAUCUCUACUUUUGGAAUACACAGACUGGUGUUACCCAGUACCAGAGACCACCUUCAAAUUAUAUAAAUGGUUUGUUUUAG